AAUCCACUAAUUUGAAGGGUGUCCACAUACUUUUGUGUAUAUAGUGUAGUUUGACUUCACUUCAAAACAUACUACUGUUUUUUGUUAGUGUGGUGAUAUUGAAAUGAUGAGUCGACGUUUCUCGUUUCCCAUGUUAGUAUAGUAUACCUAUUAAAAGUCAUAGUCCGUUAUCAUCUUCCUCGGCCUCCCAAACCUCAUCUUUUAUGGAGAAAUCGAUGGUUGCCACAGAAGGACUCCUCUUCAACACUUCUAUUUUCUUCCUCUUCUUUCCCCCUCCAUCACUUGUCAUCCUGCUUUUUUGUCUUUUUCGUUUGCGCGUUCACUCUUUUCACCCUGCAGGUAUUCAGUCCAUCUGGUGGACAUCUCCUUCCCCCUGCAGGUAUUCAGUCCAUCUGGUGGACAUCUCCUUCCCCCUGCAGGUAUUCAGUCCAUCUGGUGGACAUCUCCUUCCCCCUGCAGGUAUUCAGUCCAUCUGGUGGACAUCUCCUUCCCCCUGCAGGUAUUCAGUCCAUCUGGUGGACAUCUCCUUCCCCCUGCAGGUAUUCAGUCCAUCUGGUGGACAUCUCCUUCCCCCGGCAGGUAUUCAGUCCAUCUGGUGGACAUCUCCUUCCCCCUGCAGGUAUUCAGUCCAUCUGAUGGACAUCCCCUUCCCCCUGCAGGUAUUCAGUCCAUCUGAUGGACAUCCCCUUCCCCCUGCAGGUAUUCAGUCCAUCUGGUGGACAUCUCCUUCCCCCUGCAGGUAUUCAGUCCAUCUGGUGGACAUCCCCUUCCCCCUGCAGGUAUUCAGUCCAUCUGGUGGACAUCCCCUUCCCCCUGCAGGUAUUCAGUCCAUCUGGUGGACAUCCCCUUCCCCCUGCAGGUAUUCAGUCCAUCUGGUGGACAUCUCCUUCCCCCUGCAGGUAUUCAGUCCAUCUGGUGGAAAUCUCCUUCCCCCGGCAGGUAUUCAGUCCAUCUGGUGGACAUCUCCUUCCCCCGGCAGGUAUUCAGUCCAUCUGGUGGACAUCUCUUUUUUGCUUCUUCUUUUCUUCUUACUUGUGUUUUUCUUCCAUCAGUUCUCAAGGACCCUUUUUGUUGACUGGUCAGAUAAAAAUGAUUUUCCCUGGCUCAGGCUCCAUGAUCUGGUGGUGUAGGCACGUGAACGCGACCAGGGUUUGAUUUCUGUCUCCACCUUUCCCACUUUGUCUCACCGCUGUUUCGUCUUCCCACUGUUUCUAAUCUGUCUGAAUACAGCAGAAAUGUCCUAAAUAUAUAUAUAUUUUUUAAUAAAUAUAUAUUUUCCCGGUGGGAGUCAUAAAUUGAACAGCACAAUCACUGUUUAACGUUGUUCCGUUCUCUCCUAAAGGAAAUUAUCUUAACUAUACUAAAUUGACUGGAUAACUUCACCAACAACAAAAUGGGUAAUUUCCUGUAUAGUAUGUCUGCUUGAUUGUUUGUUUUCCAGGUCUUUAUGACCUUUUUAUUGAUGUGUUUUCCCUUAUCGUUUCUUCGCCUUUACCUAAUGUUUACUUCCUGUUGCUUUUUUCACUCAUAUUUUUUCCUAGUCCCUUUCUUCUUCCUCCCCCUCAGUACAUCCUGUGUUAUUGUUUGACCUCUGACCUUUCCCUGCUGUCUCUGUAGAGAGGAGUCCUUCUACUGCACUGUCCCCAUCACCCCUGUUAAGAGGGAGAUGGAGGGCCUUGACACCGUAGAGGAGGUGAGACGGGUUGCCAAGUGUGGUUAGACAAGCUGCCUGGGUUGCCAGUUUGGAGCCUAACCGGAGAUGCCCAUAGAGCCUAUGCUCUCACUGCAUGGCGUGGGUUGUGGUGUAAUUUCCCCCCAAAACCCACUAAGAUUUCAGACACCGUCUGCAGUGGUAGUGUAUAUGCUGACGUGACUUGAGGUUUGCGUAAUACCUUAAUGUAUGUUUCAUAGUAGACCGUUCCAGUUCUGUCUCCAUUGUAGCUGUACUACCACUCCUCUUGCCCACUCCUAGAGUGUAGCACUAACAUUUAAUCAUGCCCUGUGAGUGUCAUCAUCCCCCUAUCUCCACUGUAACAUGGUAUCUCCCUGGUUGCUUAGAACA